AUGGAGGAUUAUCUGGAGCUUCUCCGUGCCCAGUCGCCCGCUUACGCCAGGAUUGCCCAGACUCAAAGGCUCGAUCGGACAAAAGUAACUUACGUCGGUGACCAGGGAGCGGAUUACCCCAUGAUCAUCCCUUUCCGGGACGAUGAUGCUUGGUCAUUCGCCGUAGCCUAUCCCGAUUGUGUCCACUGGUACGAGAGCAGAACCCAGGCUGCUAUCCCUCGGUUGGAUGCGGGAGCCAGGGCCGUUGUGACGGAUUGGACUGGGCCAAAGGUAUCCCCUGACGGUGAAGGAGACACUGGAAUUAUAGCGCUUCUAGGUAUCGCACGUCUUCAGCAAGGCGCGCCGCACGUUAGUCAGGAUGUAGCUGAUGGACAAGCAUCUUCCUUUCGCACUCACGUUCUGGCAGCCGUGGCAUGCAAAGCUCUAGAGCCGCCCGACGAGGCUUUGGCAUCCAUGCUUCUCGAUGACCAACAGGACGAAAUUCCUAGUACUUUUUUUUACGAUGCACUUUAUGGAUGUGACAUGGAUAGGGAUGAUAGACGUGCGCUUCCGUCAACCCGUCCACAAAGAUGUGACGCGCGGACCUGGUCGGACGAUCGUCACAUCAUCCUUGGCAACCUGUGUGAGGCUGUCAGGGCCUAUCGCUCCAUACAAGCUUCUGAUCGACGCAACCUGCCCACGCUCUGGCAGUCAGUCACGGGAAGCGCUAUCGGUAGCGUGUUCCACGAGAGGCUGAAUGCCGUGCGUUUCUGUGAGGAGAUGGAGGGUUUGGGCACCCCGGAAGACGUCAGGCAAGCUAUGAGUUACUCGGUUGACCUUGAGUGUGUACCAAAAAUGAGGGGUUUGCAGAAGCAAUGCGAAUUCUGGCGUGACGUGUGUAACCUUCGCCGCGAUUGGAAUAUGGGGAAAUACGUCUUACUUCUUGCUCUCCCUACCCACCCACCACUCCGUCAAUUAGCAACAGCUUCAAAAGCCCAGCUUCUCCGGAAUCUCAAGCGGCGCCUCGAUGAUGAGACACAUCCUCUUGAAACGUGGCUCAAGCAGAGUCAACCCCUAUGCGCAGCAAUCAUGACGAAUUCGCUGCCGCAGAAAAGCCUCCUUAUUGAUAUCUACCUGAUAAGACGGCAUGGAGAGAUAGACGACGCUGAUUACGAAAUGUAUGUAAACACGAACCCCCAAGCGAAGCGUGCCUUGCCAAGGUAGAAUGCUUGACCUCUGCGAGUGUUACACCUUGGUCGCGAGGUGCUUGGAGUGAGCCCUCCACAACUAGCGAGCAAUGCAGAAUCUUGAACUGGUACGCGUGCGAUCGCCGCGCUGGUGCCCACUGCCUCAUCCGUCAGUUCCUGCGAGGGCAAGGACUGGUGCGCGGACCGUAGCAUCCUUCGACUUCAGCGUCUGCGCAAUGGCUUGUAGAACGGGAGAUCUUGCCAGGUGCUCAAGCAUUGGACGGCGAAGGCAUUUGCAGCGUUUAGGCUAGCAAUGGACUGGUCCAAUUCUGACACUCCUGAGCUUUGGCCGAUCAGGACCCUUGAGAGACCUAUCUUGUAGUAUAGAGUACUCAUAAUGUGGUCCUCUCGUUUCGAAGCGCCACUGGUUAUGUUCCGGCUGUCGCUCAAACUGUCGAUUUCGUGACGGACGCU